AUGUCAACAGAAAAGACGGAAGCGAUGAACGACGACGUGCGCCGCACGCCCACGUCGACGAGCUCCCCCCCCGAAACGGCUGAGCUCGAAACGAAGAAGAAGCCAUGGUGGAACUCGGUCCGUGAGGCGGGCUCAGCCACGCAAAUCGUCAUUGCCGCCGCCCUAGGCAUCGGGAUCGGGCUCGCCGUGAGCUCGACUGUUGCAGAUAUCCCGGCGGCUGCCACCACCAUCGUGGCUAUUCCGGGCAGGCUCUGGUUGCGGGCGUUGAAGGCUGUCGCUAUGAUUUUGGCUGUCCAGCGCCUUCGAGUGAUGAGCGGUGGCGGAAAAAUCCUUGCCCGCUGGACUGUUGGCUACUAUGUCCUGACCACGCUCUUGGCCAUCGUUAUUAGCACUAUCCUAACGGACCUCGUCUGGGGCAGGCUGAUGCAGGUGGUUAGCGGCGACAGCCUCGCAGUGUCCGAGGAAGACGCCAAGACAAUCGAGGACCGCCAAAAGCUUGAAAUCGCGGACGUGGUGUCUCAGAUGUUCGACUCGUUCAUCCCGGAUAACGUUGUCAACGCCCUGGCCACCGACAGCCUGCUUGCCGUUCUCAUCACUGCUAUUGUUGUCGGUUAUUUGCUCAACCCGGCGUCGGCCAUCGUUCGCGUCCUGGAAGAAGUGGAGGUCAUGAUCACCAAGAUUAUCACCGUCCUCAUCAAGCUCGCCCCCAUUGGUGUCUUCUUCCUGAUCUUGCCGAACCUCUUCAAGCUCGAUAUCGCCGAAAUCGGCCUCAACCUCGGCAUCCUGAUCGGCGGUGGUGUCGCCAACAUGGCGCUUCAUCUGUUUAUCGUGCUCCCCAUAAUCUUCUUCGCCAUCACAAGGACCAAUCCGUACACGUACUGGUUCAGGUGUUCGCAGGCGUGGAUCACGGCGUGGGGUUCGGCAUCGUCUGCGGCCACACUCCCCAUGACCAUGAAGUGUGUCACCGCCCAGGGUGUGCCUCUUACCAUCACCAAGUUCAGCGUCCCGCUCGGCUGCUUGGUAAACAUGGAUGGCACAGCCAUCUAUUUCCCGCUAUGCGUCGUGUUUCUUGCGGUAACGCAGGGAAUCAAGCUCACGCCGGUUGACUAUGUCAUUAUCUGCCUGCUUUCCACGCUCGCCAGUAUCGGCACCACUCCGAUCCCUAGCGCUUCCCUCGUCUUGACCGUUAUGAUCGCCCAGAGCGUCAAUGUGCCCAUCACGGGCAUGUACGCCAUUAUCAUUAGCAUCGAUUGGUUCUUGGACCGCUUCCGGACGGCCGUCAACGUAUCGGGCGAUAUGUAUGCUGCCAGAAUUCUCCAAAAGCUUACGGGGAUCAAGGACGACCCCAGUGAGAUGUCCAGCGAGGAUGAGGAGCACGUCGUGGGCCGGGUCGAGGAGAACUCCCAGAGAGUUUGA